GUUCAUGUAGAAAAAGCUCGGAGUGUUUUGCGUAACGGUACGAAAUUUAUUUCAGUGAGCGGAGCUUUGCAAAUUUUCUGUGUCUUGUGAAAACAAUGUGGACAAACUUUCAUAAAAGUAAAGUAGUGCAAUGUCAGCUUUAAAGUCAGAGCUUUAAAAAACCUGACAACUAUUCAAAGGCCAGUUGGAAUUAAUGGCACGUGAAAUCGAUGAAUUUAUAUCCAUGUAGCAAAAACAUUAGAUGGUUAUAUGGACUGAAUCGAGCGCGUUUUCUGUAUUAGUGUCAGUUUGUACGCUACACUGCUCUUACUUCCGUCUAAAUUAUUAUAACGCGUGCACAUCGAACGCGCUUGUAAAUUUAUCAAUCGUCGACGAUCGACGAAAAUGUAAUAAAAACAAUAAAAUAAAGCCGGUGGCAUGGAAAUGAAACAGAUGGUAACAACGGUGCAGACAUGAACAAGAUCACGUUUCUACGAGAUGAAAUCCUAUACUGCUGCUGUUUCACGUUAAAUAAAGGCUAGUUGGGACAACAAUCGUCAUGGGAAUAGAAAAAUGGCCACUGUUCUUGUUUAUUUUCCUUCUGCACUUUUUCAACUUAGUGGAAGCCCAAGAUAGCACUGCGUUUCCCCAAGCCCACGUUUUUCGCUUUAAAGAUCCUGAAGCAGACCUCGGAGAUGAACUAAAUGAGCUCGGAGCUUCGUUUUCUCCCGUCGAGAGUCCUCCAGUUCACUUUGCGACCGAAAAUAGCACGGUCGUGACAUCUCAAACAGGGUCAACGGCUCUAAUACCGUGUGUAGUCAACAAUAUAGGAGAUGGGAUGGUCUCGUGGAUUAGAAGAAAGGAUUAUCAUUUACUUACUGUCGGCUUAACAACAUACAGCAGUGACGAGAGGUUCCAAGCUAUACAUCUGCAACACUCAGGAGAUUGGACGCUCCAAAUCAGAUAUGUACAAAAUAGGGACGCUGGCUUGUAUGAAUGCCAAGUGUCUUCCCAUCCGCCCACUAGCAUUUUUAUUCACCUUAAUGUCGUCGAGGCGCGCGCUGAAAUUCAAGGACCUUCUGAGAAAUACCUGAAACCAGGCUCAGGUCUACGUCUUCAGUGCAAUGUCUUACAAAGCACCGAACUGCCAACUUACGUUUUCUGGUAUCACAACAACCGCAUGAUUAACUACGACGUCGAUCGAGGAAUCAACGUCACAACUACCCUAUCUGAAAAAAACAGCAUCCUAACAAUAACUAGUGCUGCGACACAUCAUUCCGGAAACUAUUCUUGUGUUCCUAGCAAUGCUCAACCUGCGAGCACUUACGUGCACAUAUUGAACGGAGAGAAUCCUGCUGCGAUGCAGCAUGGAGCCAGAGGACUGUCGUGGCUUCAGUGCAGUCCUUCGUCCUGGCUGCUCGUACUUUCCAUCGUCAACAUCAUGUGCUAGUUGCAACUGAUAACAGGUCUAUGAGAGGCCUAAAGUUAUUUCAUAAACAUCUAAACAGACUAAUUGGAGUGUGUAGUGAGAAAUUAACAAAUAUUUAUAAAAUAAAUUGGGACAAGUGAAAGCCAAAAAGGCAGAAAUUUUUGUUCAAUUGAUUAACAAACACAAAUUAUGUUAUGGAAAUUAAUGAAAUUGCCAGUAAGUACCAACACUUAGUUAUUAAAAUUGUAAAUAAUUUUUUUGUGGUGCAGUGAUCUUUUAAGAGUUGCAAAAGUUUUGAAACUUUAUGUCACAAGUUAAAGGCUUCUCUGUACAUAAAACCACAUCAUAGCGUAAAUAAAAAUGUGUAUAAAUGUCACAUUCCAUUUAUCACUUAAAACUGAUUGUGUGAUAAGUAUACUUAUAGAUAUAAACAAUAUUAAAUUUUUACAUAAUGUUGUUAAUUUAGGUAUGUUUUAAAACCUGUUAUGGCUGUUAUUUUAUUAUGUAUUUAAUCAUUGUAAAUGUAAAAAAUAUUUAUUUAAUAAAAACUGU